GUACCUCGCAGGGGACAUCUUUGGAAUCUGUCCUCCCCUCCUAACGCCAGGUUAAAAACCUCAGCAGCACGUGCUGUUUGCAAAACUGCCUGCCACCGACGCCCCAGAGUUAGAGACCUUACUCACGAGGGGAGCCAGCAUGUCAGCUACGGUCCUGGGGAACGGAAGCUUCGGCCGGAAACUCUCCUACGCACAGGAAACAAGCUAUAUUGAAGACAACUCCAAUCAAAAUGGUGCCAUAUCUCUGAUCUUCUCACUCAAAGAAGAAGUUGGUGCCCUGGCCAAAGUCUUGCGCUUAUUUGAGGAGAAUGAUAUAAACCUGACCCACAUUGAAUCCAGACCUUCAUGUUUAAAGAAAGAUGAGUAUGAAUUUUUUACCUAUCUGGAUAAAGGUAGCAUGCCUGUCCUGGCAAACAUCAUCAAGAUCUUGAGGCAUGACAUCGGUGCCACUGUCCAUGAGCUUUCCCGAGAUAAGACAAAAGACACAGUGCCCUGGUUCCCAAGAACCAUUCAAGAGCUCGACAGAUUUGCCAAUCAGAUUCUCAGCUAUGGAGCAGAACUGGAUGCAGACCAUCCUGGUUUUAAAGAUCCUGUGUAUCGAGCCAGACGAAAGCAGUUUGCUGACAUUGCCUACAACUACCGACAUGGUCAGCCCAUACCUCAAGUGGAAUACACGGAGGAAGAAAAGAAUACAUGGGGACUGGUAUUCAGGACCCUGAAGUCCUUGUAUAAAACCCAUGCUUGCUAUGAGCACAAUCACAUCUUCCCACUUCUGGAAAAGUACUGUGGCUUCCGCGAAGAUAACAUUCCCCAGCUGGAAGAGGUUUCUCAAUUUCUGCAGACGUGCACUGGAUUCCGCCUCCGACCUGUGGCUGGCCUACUUUCCUCUCGUGAUUUCUUGGGUGGCCUGGCCUUCCGAGUUUUCCACUGCACUCAGUACAUCAGACAUGGGUCCAAACCCAUGUAUACCCCUGAACCUGACAUCUGCCAUGAGUUGUUGGGACACGUGCCCUUGUUUUCAGAUCGCAGCUUUGCCCAGUUUUCCCAGGAAAUUGGCCUUGCCUCUCUGGGUGCACCUGAUGAGUACAUUGAGAAACUCGCCACAAUUUACUGGUUUACUGUGGAGUUUGGCCUCUGCAAACAAGGAGACUCCAUAAAGGCGUAUGGUGCUGGGCUCCUGUCGUCUUUUGGUGAAUUACAGUACUGCUUGUCUGGUACGCCAAAGCUCCUCCCCCUGGAGCUGGAGAAGACAGCCAUGCAGGAGUACACCGUCACAGAGUUCCAGCCCCUCUAUUAUGUGGCUGAGAGUUUCAAUGAUGCAAAGGAGAAAGUGAGGAACUUUGCUGCUACAAUCCCACGGCCCUUCUCAGUUCGUUAUGACCCAUACACUCAAAGGAUUGAGGUCUUGGACAAUACACAGCAACUUAAGAUUUUGGCCGACUCCAUCAACAGUGAAGUUGGAAUCCUUUGUAGUGCCCUCCAGAAAAUAAAAUGAAACCAUGGACAAAACCUGUCAACUGAGAAUCUGUUGCUGGAAAUCCAACUACUUUCAUUUCAUCUGAAAAAGUUUGAAAAGCAAACCUUAAUUUGAAUUGAUAGACUUAAAUGCUUUUUGGAACAAGAUGGAGGAUGAACAAAUAAAUCAAAAUAACUUGAAAUGACAUCAUAUUAAUACAUACCCCAAAGCAUAAUCUUUUGGGGUCAUCUUUGAUUUAGAGAUGAUAAUCCCGUGCUCUCAAUUCAAUUAAAAUCAAUAAUCUGUCACAUUUCAUCAAAGUUAAUUAAAAUUGGGACCUCAUUUAUUCAAGCUUCAUAUAU